GCUUUUUGUGACUCUGACUUCACACUUCACAAUGCCUUCUAUCGAUAGACGGUAGCCAUUUGUGUGUAGUGAAGCUACGAGGAAGCCACGUUUUGUUAUAGGAAUCGGAAAGAUGUGGGGAUUAGUUGGAAGGCGUGGGGUAUUUGCAGAUUUCACCUGCUGGAUUGAGGGACUCGUUUAACUUUGGAUAAGUGGAAUGCCAUGAGGGGCGUCCUCUUGCAGGACGGGAGAGGGACGGGAUGUUUGGUUCAUGGUGGUGCCUUAACGCUUCGAAGAUCCGACGGAACCUCCUCAGUGCGUCUUCCUAAUCGAAACCCGGCAAGAAUUUCAUCUUUCCUCUACCAAAGGUUCCUCCAUUUUGCCUUUGAAAAGAUGCGGCUACACGCCGACCUGAGUCCUUUGCAGUUGCAGGAAAAAUUCAGUGUGUUGAAAGCUUCAGAUGGACGGACAGAGCUACGAACUCUCUCUUUUCAUGCGCCCAAGAUCAGAUACAUGCGCAGCUUGGCAAUUGAUGGAGGGCCCUUACUGCAGGUGUUGGACUUUGCAGCAUUUCCAGAACCAGAGUUUGACCUUCCUAUAUUUUGUGCUAACUUCUUCACUGCUGCAGAGAGGAACAUAGUUGUCUUGGAUCUCAAUCCAUUGCAUGAUGUCAUAAACAACAACAACUACAAGGAGAAGUACUAUAGAAGCCUACUUCCUCUUGGGCAAAAAUAUGCUGAGCUUUUUCCAUGGGGUGAUCAAAUUACGGCUGAGUCUAUUAGAUUUUUCUCGCCGAUUGUACUAUGGACAAGGUUUGCUUCAAGUCAGGAAAAACAUGAUAUACUCUAUUCUGCUUUCAAAGACUAUUUUCAGGCUUGGCUUGAACUGCUGGAUAGAGCAACUGCUGAUGCUGAUGCAUCUCAUAUUUCGGUUAACCGUGAAGCCCAGCAUAAAUACCUAACAUGGAGAACGGAAAAGGACCCUGGACGGCAAAUCUUACAGAAGUUGGUGGGGGAGUCCUUUGCCGAGGAGCUGGUGAGAGAUUUUCUCUUCUACGGUGUAGACAGUCUAGGAAGCAAAAAGUUUUUGGAUUUUUUCCCCCAGUAUAGGUGCGAGGAUGGGACGAUAAACAAGAAGCGCAGUAUCAUUGGUAAGUCAUUCAAAACUCGCCCAUGGGAUGAAAAUGGAGAAUUUCUUGGUGGGCAGUUUCUAGAAUAAGUUCAUCCCCUUUCUUCUUUAGUUUUCCUCUUGUAGUGUCGUGUUUUCCUGUAAGUCGGGAGUGCAGUCUGGUGCUUGCUCCACAAUGUUUUUCAUAAUUUAAUAUGGAGAAGCCAUAGUGUUCAGUGUAAUGGUUUGUCAAUCAAGUUCCCCUUGAGCUAUACGUUGGCCAUCGGGAGAAAUCUUAGGGACUGAGAAGAGACUGGAUGCACUUCAGGAGGGUUUCCAGGUAUCCAUCCGGCAAGAGUUAUGGGAAUAUCAAACUGAAUGGGUGCCUGAACAAAGUUGAUCCGGCACCGGGUUCACAGCCCAAACCUUGUACCAAGCUCCAUAAUGAUCUGGAAGGGGCUUGACUUGCUUUGAGCCUACCUGCCUCUUAAAUGGGCUCUGCCUCAGUCCAAACCGACCAUCCAUGGCUAGCAGGAUCUGCUGAUUCAAUGCAGGAUCUUGGACAUUAGUUAACACAUGAAAUGUUUGAGCUGUUGGUUAUCGCUAUUUACAUAGCAAAUUAUUUGAAAAAUAGAGACCGUGGUAAAUGAAGGGAGAAACAAUGGUACACUAAAGCUGCUGUGGUUUCAUAUGUUGAACGCUGCGGAAGUAGUUACGCACUAACCAGUGCAUGAAAAUCAUAUGGGAAGUUGCUGACUUGAUAGCGGUGGGGUGAGAAAACUAAGUUUAAGUAGGUUUUUAACA